UGGCAUCAAUUUGUCGGAGAUGCCGGCACCAAGAUACCCAACUCCUGUGUCCCCACUCAGCGUUGCGGUACCCACGCUCCUGGAUGGAUGCAGGGCGAUCAUCCCAAGAAGGAGGACGGAGUGGUCGACAGAAAGGUUUGCUUCCACUGGAGCAACAACUGCUGCCGAUGGAGUGUCGUGAUCAAAGUGCGAAACUGUGGUGGUCAUUACGUGUACAAGCUGGAGAAGCCACCAGCAUGCUAUCUGCGGUACUGCGGUGAUAAGGGACACAACGUGUGUGAACCCAAGAACCCGUGCAAAAAUGGUGGAGUAUGUAAACCGCAAGGUGACAGCUACUAUUGUCAGUGUAAACCAGGUUACCAAGGAAAGAAUUGUGACAAAGAUAUCGAUGAAUGUGCCGUCAGCAGUCCAUGUAAGAAUGGAGGAACGUGUUCCAACAUCCCAGGAAGCUACAAGUGUACGUGUGAUGCGAAAUAUACUGGAAGAAACUGUGAAACAGAUGUGAACGAGUGUACUGUACACAAGCCGUGCAAGAACGGAGGCACCUGUGUUAAUACUGUCGGUGGCUAUAACUGCAAAUGUCCUGCUAAUUAUAAAGGAAAGAACUGCAAUGAAGAUGUGGACGAGUGUGUGGUGAACAAACCUUGUAUGAAUGGCGCCAAAUGUGAAAAUACUGAAGGAAGUUACAAAUGCACGUGUGUGGGUAAUUGGUUCACAGGAAAACACUGUGAUGAAGAUCCCAAAGAGUGCUCAAGCUACACCAAGCUAAGCUCCGCUGACCGUGCUGCGGGCUCCAAAAGGGGCCACCUGAGCCCUAAAUGUGACAGUAGGGACUUUCCGUCCGUCACCAAGUGGUACCGCUUCACGGACGCCGCUGGAACGAGAAUGCCGACUUCACCGGUACAGGAGAACUACUGUGGAACGCACGCAACAGGCUGGCUGAAUGGUCAGCAUCCCACGAAGGAGGAUGGAUCUGUUUCGCGAAAGGUCUGCUUUCACUGGAGCGGAAACGUUUGCAGAUGGAGUAUUUACAUCCAUGUUCGUAAUUGUGGAGCAUUUUACGUGUAUCAUUUGGGAAGGACACCAGGCUGUUCGUUCCGUUAUUGCGGAAACAGCGGGCACAAUGUGUGCAGGGUUACCAACCCUUGUAAAAAUGGCGCAACCUGUCAACCGAAUGGUGAUGGUCAAACGUGUCAGUGCACACCCAACUUCCAAGGAGAACACUGUGACAAAGAUGUUAACGAAUGUACCGCCAAUCCUUGUAAGAAUGGAGCCAAGUGUGCCAACACUCACGGAGACUACAAGUGUACUUGUGACAGCAGAUUUACUGGAAAGAACUGUGAUCAAGAUGUGAACGAGUGUACUGCGUACAAGCCUUGCAAGAACGGAGGAACCUGUGUUAAUACUGUCGGUGGUUAUACCUGUAAAUGUCCCGCGAACUACAAAGGAAAGAACUGUGACGAAGAUGUCGAUGAAUGUGCAGUAAGUAGUCCUUGUCAAAAUGGCGGAAAAUGCCAGAAUACAAGAGGGGGAUAUCAAUGCACUUGCGUUGGGCGAUGGUUCAGUGGAAAGAAUUGUGACCAAGCACCAGCUGAAUGUUCCAGCUACUCCAAACUUAGCGAAGCCAAUCGUGCGUCAGGUACGCACAGAGGAAACGUCCUCAAAUGUGACCGCAACGAUCUUGCUGUUGGGUGGUACCGCUUCACAGAUGCUGCUGGAACCAGAAUGCCUACCUCCCCAGUGGCGAUACAUCAUUGUGGAACCCAUGCACCGGGCUGGAUGAAUGGUCAACAUCCUACUAAAGAUGAUGGAGCUGUCAAGCGAAUGGUUUGCUUCAACUGGAACAACAACGUUUGUCUCUGGAACAUAGAAAUCAGUGUCCGGAACUGUGGGGCAUUCUUCGUUUAUCGGUUGCCGAGGACCCCUAACUGUUGGCUCCGUUACUGUGGAAACCAAGGCCACAACAGGUGCAAGGCUCAGAAUCCUUGUAAGAACGGUGGAACGUGCAAACCAGUCGGCGACGACUAUCAAUGCGCAUGUCCAGCCUGGUACAAGGGAAGACACUGUGAACAAGACGUGGAUGAAUGUGCAACGCUGAAACCCUGCAAGAAUGGAGCAAGAUGUCAAAACACCAGAGGAGGAUACACUUGCGCUUGUGCUAAAAGAUUCAGUGGCAAAAACUGCGAUCAGAUGUACGUUCCUCCUGAAUGCAAAAAUCCUGUGGUAAUCACCGAUGGAAGUCGCUCCAAACAUGCGACUGGACCUGCGCAUUGCGACCAGAGGGAACUCUCGACGGUUGGAAAAUGGCAUCGAUUCAUGGGCGCCGCGGGUAAUUCAAUGCCCACUUCAUGCGUUCCGAAAAAUCGCUGUGGUACGCAUGCUCCUGGCUGGCUUACAGGGGGGCACCCCACCGAGGAGCAGGGAGUUGUGUCGAGAAAGGUUUGUUUCCACUGGAGAAGGAACUGCUGUCAGUGGAGUGCCAACAUCAAAGUCAGAAACUGUGGAGAAUAUUACGUCUAUCAAUUACCCAAGACUCCCGUGUGUUAUCUUCGCUACUGCGCCGAGAAAACAGCUCCUGGGCCUCCCUCGUCCUGCAAGCGAGCAAUGGACAUCGCUGUCAUCAUGGAUCGCUCUGGCUCGGUCGGCAGAGAUAAUUUUGAAAAGGCCAAGCAAUUCGUCAUAUCCCUGGUGCACAAAUUACAGAUCUCUUCCCACGGCACCCGCAUCGGUAUCAUCCCCUACCACUCCGAUGCCCAGGUGGCGGUUAAAUUCGCUGAUGUCGCCUACCAGACACCCGAUGCCAUGACCAGGCUGAUCAGGGGCAUCCCCUACACUUCCGGUAUGACGCGUACUGACGUAGCAAUUGAAUUAGCCAAUAAUCAGCUGUUUACCAAAGCGGGUGGACUUCGCAGCGACAAACCGAACGUGCUCAUUGUGAUGACCGACGGACAUACGAACGCCGGAAGUAAGCCGUACAAAACGGUUCUUGCUCCUCUGAAGAACAAGCAAGUCAGGAUGAUAGCUGUAGGUGUGGGAUCAGGAAUUGAUGCUGACGAAUUGGAAGAGAUCGCUGAUGGGAAACGUGAAAAUGUCGUUCACGUUGAUAAAUUUGACGACCUUGUCAACAACGAAAACAAUGUAUUGUUUGCAUCUUGCGAACCAGACUCCCCUGCUCCACCUUGUCAACACGCUAUGGACGUGGGCAUCAUUAUGGACCGCUCCGGAUCUGUUGGUUCUGCAAACUUUCUAAAGUCCAAGAACUUUGUUCGCACCCUAGUCCACCGACUCCAGAUCUCUUCUCGUGGAACACGUGUGGGAAUCAUCGCGUACCAGUCGAGCGCACACUUGGCUGUCAAAUUCAGCGACGUGCAUGCGCAGACUCCAUCCGCGAUGAGCGGAAUCAUUGACAAGAUUUCGUACACCGGAGGAGGAACGCGCACGGACAUCGCCCUCGAGAUGGCCAACUCUGGACUGUUCAGUUCAGGUGGUGGAGACCGCGGAGAUAAACCGAACGUGCUUGUUGUAAUCUCGGACGGAAAGACGAACCGUGGAAGCAAAGCUUACAGCACAGUUCUAAGACCACUAAUUGGUAAAAAGGUCAAGCUGAUUGCCGUUGGAGUUGGUUCUGGCAUCGAUUAUAGCGAACUUAAAGAAAUUGCUAAUGGCAAAAGAGCAAAUGUGAUCCAUGUUGACAAGUUCGAGGACCUCUUUGUAAGACUGAACAAUGUACUGCGAGCUUCAUGUGAACUUCAAUAAGAAUAUUUUUCACAUUACAAGCUGACCAAAACGACGUUUGCGUACAAAAGAAGAACGGAACAAGAUAAAGAGAUAUUAGAAUGACUCAUAAAGUUUCAAUA